AUGGAUCAGCUCACUAAAAUAUGGUUGGAGGCUCAGGUUUUACAGCGUCAGCACCUAACCGUGAAAGAGAAGGAAACAGUGGAACAGAUUGACUCUUACGAGCACCUCUGCGAAAAGCUCGGAAAGAUUCAGGCCCAAUACAAGCUUGAAAGAUGGGUGCGGCUGCUAGCUAGGAUGGACCCUUUUGUAUCAAGACUGCGCUCAUUUGCCACCGUACUCUCUGUGUUUGCUCAAGCUAAACCUGAGGUGUUGUCUUUUGUCUGGGGCUCUGUUGCCCUGGUCCUGGAGUGCUACGUGGAGGAAUACAUGUCACCUUCGCCAACAAUUACUCACCUCAGAGACGCGAUUCGACGGUACUACCAGGAGUUGAUUGACCAGUGCCAGGAUUAUAUCAGGUUCUUGAAAGCCUCGCCGCUUAAAAACUUCUUAUUGCUAGGCAGGACAUCUAGAAAGCUGCGUACAAACUCAACCAGGCGACUGAAGCGACUAAGACAUCUAUCAAUAGAUGUAGAGCAAGAGGCAAGGAUUGAAGAGCACAGGAUAACUUAUCGUACUCUGAAUUCCUUGAGGGUUGAGCCCACAAUGGCCACAGUUCUACCAUACCAUGGUGUCACUUACCGCCAAAACCCAGCUUUCUACCCAAGGCCCCAGUACCUGGAACAGAUAAGCGCAGUGCUUGGCCCUGAUACUCCACGAGGGCUGACGAGCUUUGCUCUGGUUGGCUUUGGGGGCUGCGGUAAGACACAGCUGGCGAUUGAGUACACUCACCGAACCAAUCAUUACGAUGCGAUUUUUUGGUGCGCGGCGGAAAACAGCCUUCAGCUUUCGGAAUCGUUUGCAAUGCAUGCUAGGCAAUUAGACCUCAUCAAGGGCGACGACGUACCACAACAGGACCGUAUCAUAAGCCUUGUCAAGCAGCGACUUCUUUCCCUCAGCGUCAAUGGGAAGCCGAGCAGGUGGUUGAUGGUCUUUGACAACAUGGAACCUUUUGAUGGCCUAUCGUCGUUCUGGCCUAGUGGCCUGUCAGGGUCAAUUCUUGUAACCACACGAAACAAGACCCUGGCCAAAGAAUUCACCAAAUCUCAAGUUUCCAUCCCACCAUUCGAGCCACUUGAUGCACAACGAUUCCUACUGCAAUAUAGGACAAGUGGCACGGAACAUACCUGUCAAGAAGAUAAUGCUGCCGAAAUCAUCAGUCAAAGACUUGGAAAUCUUCCUCUAGCACUGGACCUUGUUAGGCAUCAUGUUUCGGCAAGCGGAAGCUCAUAUAAAGAGUUUCUCAGAUGUUACGGCGAACCUAGUGAGCCAUUGCUGUUGUGUAAUGGACCGGAUGUUGAAGAUGAGCUACCCCAACUCCAAGAUUUACUCGAAAGCCCAGUCGCGAAUAUAUAUGAACUUGACACAGUGGUGUCUGAAUUGAUGGAUGGCUCUCUGAUCGAUCGCAACGUCGGCUCGGGCAGUCUGAGUUUGCAUCGCAUCUUGCAAGACUCUGUAGCACAUUCUUUCGAUGCAGCGACGAGAUCUAGGUCUUUCAGCAAAAUCUUGUUCUACCUCAAUGGCUGCUUUCCCACUCAGCGCGACGGUGGCUUACUAUUUGAACAGUGGUAUCUGUGCGAACAGUACAUUCCUCAUAUCUUUUCCGUCGUCCAGUUUUAUAGGAAAAACAUCAAAUUAUUGGAUCCACCAGUAAUGCUUGCCGAAAUCAUUCGUCGGUACUUAUUGGAGAAACAUCAAUUUACAGAGGCCAAAAUCCUUGUACGGGAUGCAGUGGAGAUUUGCAAAAGGGCUCGCACAUCCAGUAACUUAUUGGGAUUCACUCAAUAUAGGUACAUUCCCCGUUUGCUCUCGGACUUGUAUAAUGUCAUGGGCGCAUUGGAGUACGAGUCUAAUACUGAAGGCCACGGAUUACGGUGGGCUAUGAAAGCACGAAGUAUUCGGCAGGAGCUAUGUUUGACUCUCGAUCUUGAAAGAGACAAAUGUAUGCUACAGGUCUUUCAGCAUAACAUUGCACUUGAUAUGCUAGCGAAUGGUCAGCUACGGGAAGCACUGCCGUUACUAGAAGCCGUCCACGAAUAUGACGCCUCAACGAGUGGCGUCAAUACGGACAAUUUUUACCGAACUCUCAGCUUAUCGAUUUGCUACCGACUAUUGGGGAAAUAUAUCCAUGCGAUGGAUUGCUCAAACAUAGCAAUGAAGGUGAUACAAGAGCACAUUGGCGAGGAUAGUGUACCAAUGGCAACCGCACGUUUCUGUUGGGGAAAUUUACUACUCUGCAUGGAAGACCGAGUUGGUGCAUACAACGCGUUCUCUAUGUGCUUUCUCACUCGUCAAAAACUUAUGCCGACUCAUUUUGACACUGCUUUCACGGCACACAAACUUGGAGCCAUGGCUCUUCAGAACGGAGACUUAGGUGCAUCCAUGUACGGUUUUUAUCUUUUCACCCUUAGUCAACGUAAUUUCUACAAGCUUACUAACCAAUGGUGGUGA